AUGCUCGAGGACCGCGGAUUCACGCUCACACACCAGCGGGUGGCGCUAGAGCUGGCAUUUAGCGGUGCUCUAGCGGGCUAUACAGAGCUAACAGUAAGCCCUACGACGGCUGCGCUGCGUUCCAUCUUUCUGAACGCACGGCGUGCCAAGAUCCAAAAGAUCACCUGCAAUGGCCACGAAGCGGUGUACGACUACCUCGCGAGCGAGCAUGCGGCGCUGACGGACGUGCACGACUACCCCAAAACGAAGCGUGCGAUAUACUCGAGCGCGAGCGAGACGGCAUUCGGCGAGCUGCGCAUCAAGCUCCCGGACGCCGUACGCCCCGAGGCCGUGGCGCCCGGCGAGGCGACCGGCGAGGAAGGCUUUGCGGCGAUCACCGUGCGCGUCGAAUACCUGCUCGAGGACGUGCACGAGGCGAUCCAGCUCGUGCUGCCGACGCCAGAGGCACCGUACAAGGUGCCGCACCUCUAUACACGGCCGACAGGGCCCGACAGUGCACGGUGCUGGGUGCCGUGUGUCGACACGCUGUGGGACCGCUGUACGUGGGAGCUCGAGUUUGUCGUGCCGCGGCGCCUCGAGACGGCCGACGAGCCGCGCGCGGACCGCGUGCGCGAGGUCGACGAGGAGGACGAGGAGGACGAGGAGGAGGAGCUGCGUGGCACCGAAGUCUAUGUCGUGUGCUCUGGCGAGCUGACCGAGCACGCGGUGCACCCGCACAAUCCCGAAAAGUCCGUCUUUUACUAUACGCAGCCGGUCGCGACGUCCGUGCAGCACAUUGCGUUCUGUGCGGGUCCGUUUGUGAUGGGGCGCGUCUCGCCACGCCGCCCCGACGCGUGCGAGGUGCUGGCGUUCUGCCUGCCCGAGCACGAGCACGAGCUGCUGCACACGACCGCGUUUACGUGGCAGGCGAUCGAGUACAUUGGGAGCGAGUACGGCUCGUUUCCUUUCAACUCGUUCAAGAUGGUGUUUGUCGAGAGCGCCCAGGUCGACUGCCACUCGGCGUCGACACUCGCGGUCUGCUCCAGCGAUCUGCUGCACCCCACCUCGGUGAUCGACCAGGCGUUUGAAAACCGGCACACGCUCAGCGUCGCGGUGGCCUUCCAGUGGGUCGGCAUCAACAUCAUCCAAAAGACGUGGGCGGAUACGUGGCUGAUCCACGGCCUGAGCCAGCACCUCGCAUCCAUGUUCCUGCGCCGCCUGUUCGGCAACAACGAGUACCGCUUCCGCAUGAAGAAGGACUGCGACCGCCUCUGCGCAUGGGACAUUGGCAUGCCGCCGCUCUACCAGGUGGGCCAGAGCGAGCCGCUGGACCCGCAGGUUCUGCCGUUUGUCAACCUCAAGGCGCCGCUCGUGCUCUACCUGCUCGACCGCCGCCUGUGCAAGAUGGGCGCGUCGCUGGGAUUGGGACGUGUCAUUCCCAAAGUGUUCCUGCAGGCGAUCACCGGCGAGAUGGCCAACAAUGCGCUCGGCACGCACGGCUUUUUGCGCAUCUGUAAAAAGGUGAGCGGCGCGGAUCUGCGUCAGUUUGUCGAUCAGUGGAUCAACGGCAGCGGCUGCCCCCGCUUUAUUUGCACCGCAACCUUUAACCGCAAGAAACUCUUGAUCGAGAUGCAUGUGCGCCAAGAGUCUCCCGCCGCAAUCUACGCAGAGGCCCAUCCCGAAGACGCGCUCCUCUCGAACCCCGUCACGCUCUGGGAAGGUCAGAUGACGGUGCGAAUUCACGAGGCGGACGGCACGCCGUACGAGCACGUACUCGACAUCAAGAACGAGCACCAGCGCUACGACGUUCCAUUCAACACCAAGUACAAGCGUGUGCGCCGCAAUACCAAGCGCUUCCAGGCGCGACAGGCCGCUGCUGCUGCCGCCGCCGCCGGCGACGAGGACGCAGCCGAGGCGAUCGGCAUGAUCGAUCUUGGUUUCGGCCUGGGUAUGUGGGAGGACGAAGAGGAGCGCAAGCGCUGGAAGGUCGCCGACUGGACCGAAGAGGACGAGGCGAUCAUGGCCUCGGCACCGUACGAGUGGAUCCGCCUCGACGCCGACUUUGAGUGGAUGGCUCAGAUCCAGUUCGAGCAGCCAGACUACAUGUGGGUCUCGCAGCUGCAGCGCGAUCGCGACGUCGUCGCGCAGCUCGUCGCAGUACACGCGCUGAGCCAGAUGCCGAGUCUGAUCACCAGCAGUAUGCUCACGCGUACCGUGCUCGUGACCAAGUACUUUUACCGGAUCCGCGCCGAGGCGGCGUACGGCCUCGCAAAUUGUGCGCUGCCGCACCUCGACCUGCUGGGCCUCUUUCACCUGCUGAUGCUUUUCCGCACAGGCUACUGCUUCGACCUGCCACACACGGGCGACUCGACGGCACUCGACGCGCCGUGCAUUCCCCGUCCGAACGACUUUUCGGAUAUGGCCGACUACUUUGUGCGCCGUGCGCUGAUCCAUGCCAUUGGGCGCAUCCGCGACCACCAAGGCAAGGCGCUGCCGCUCGUGCAGCGUUUCCUGAUCAACUUGCUCAAGUACAACGACAACUCGACCAACAAGUUUGUCGACGACUUUUACAUCGCAAGCAUCAUCAACGCGCUCGCCAGCUCGCUCAUCCCGGCGGACACGGGCGCGUUGUCGGCACGCACGCCCGGCAUCGACGACGAGUACAGCGACGAAGAGGUGCAGCUGCGCGAGCAGGCGAUCAGCGAGGUGGAACGUCUCCAGGAGCUCGACCGCCUCGUGCCGUCUUUCCACAAUGUCGUGACGCUCGCGAGCAUCGACUUCCAGCUGUCGCUCAUCUUUGCGAAUCUGCGCCCGGUGAAUUUGCCCCUGUUCCUCGAGUACACGCGCGAAGGCAACUUUACGCCGGUGCGCCUCGCGGCCUUUAAUGCGCUGCUGCUCAUGCGCGGUCUGCAGCACAAGGUCCUGGCGCGCUACUACUUUGCGGUUCUCACUACGGACGAGAACGACCUCGUAAAGAUGCACCUCGCGCGGGGCCUCUGCGACGCGCUCGCCGUGGCGAUCGCCACCGGCGAGCUGGGCUACACGCGCCCCCGCCAGGAACGGCCCGAGGACACGCUCCAGGAAGGCCAGACCUCCCAGAUUGAGAACCUCGGCGAGCAGGAGACGAAGCGCGUCCAGGAAGAGGCGCAGCACGAGACCAUGGUCAAGUUCCUGCGGAAAGAAAUCGGGCGCUCGGCGUCGGUGCGCGAAGGCUUCCUGAUGGCCUAUGCAAACGCCCACGGCGCGGUGCCGAUCCGCAGCGCCCUCCUGCACCUCGCCGAGCUACUGUUUAAGCCGGUCGAGGAGUUCAAGCCGCCGCCCCGCCCCGAGCAGGUGCAGCCCGAGCAGACGGGCGCGCAGCGCAUCAAGCUCAUGAUCAAGAACGCGCCGCAGGCCCCGCAAGUGCCGACGCGCCCCCAGCCCGCGCUCCGCGUGGUGCUGCCCAAGGCGCCAAAGCCCAAGAAGCCAAAGCCGGUCGAGCCCGGCAAGGCGCUCGGCAUGACGUCGUCGGACCUGACUGCGUGCCGCAACUGUAUCCAGCGCCUGAUGGCCAACAAGCACUGCGAGCCCUUUUUGCAUCCUGUGGACCCCGUGCGCGACGAGGCGCCGGACUACUUCGAUGUGAUCAAGGACCCGAUGGAUCUCAACUCGGUGUCGAACAAGCUGCAGUCGGGCCAGUACAAGGACCGCUUCCAGUUCAAGGAGGAUGUCGAACUCAUCUUCCGCAAUGCCAAGACGUACACGCCGGACCCCAAGACGUGGAUCCACUACGAGGCGUCGCGGUCCGAGUCGGCCUUCCGUCAGCUGUGGAACCGUAUCAGCAAAACGCUCGAGCAGGCCGAGGCGCGUGCCGCGGCCGGCCGCCAGGCCGACGAGGAGGCAGACGCCGAAGGCGAGGUCGAGGAGGAGGAGGAGGAGGAGGAAGAAGAGCCCGAGGAGCCGAAGCAGGUCGUCACGCUCAACGCCGGCGAGAGCGAGACGCCCAAGCCGCGUCUCAAGAUCAAGCUCAGCCUCGGCGGCAAGAAAGAGGAGGCGAAGCCGACGCUCAAGCUCAAGCGCUCCAAGACCGAGGCGCCCCCUCCGCCGCCCGCGCCCGAGCCCGUUGCGGAGCACAUCGACCCCGAGGAGGCAAAGAGCGCGAGCCAGGACCCUGUGCUGCCCGGCGAGCGCGAGAUGCCGAUCCAGGCGAAAAAGUGUCGCUCGGUCCUGCAGAUUGUGAUGAAGACCAAGGAGGCAUCGAUCUUUUUGCAGCCCAUCGAUCCUGUGCGCGACCAGGCGCCGACGUACUACGACGAGAUCAAGCACCCGAUGGACCUGUCGACGAUCAGCAAGAAGCUCAGCAAAGGCGCCUAUGCCACGAUGCACGACUUUGCCUCGGACAUGCGCCUGAUGUUUGCCAACUGCCGCCAGUUCAAUCCCCCGGGCACCUUCCCCGCGGAGAUGGAGGAGAUCGUCUCGCGCGUGUGGCGCCGCGAGUGGAGCCGCGCGAUGGUGCGCAAGCUCGACUACCAGGACAAGCGUGCGCUGCAGAGCAUGAUGGGCCGCCUCAAGCAGCUCCCGUCGGCCGGCCUCUUUUUGUACGCCGUCGACCCCGUGGCACUCGGCAUCCCGAACUACUUCGAGGUCAUCCCGAAGGAAAAUGCCCGCGACCUCACGCUGAUCAGCGACAAGCUGCGCAGCGACAAGUACGACAGCAUCGACGCGCUCGACGCCGAUAUCCAGCUGAUGCUGUCAAAUUGCUACACCUUCAACGCGGCUGACGAGCGCAUCGUGGAGAUCACGCGCGCUUUCGAGCGCGCCUAUGCCCAAGAGAUCCACGCACUGCGCCUCGCCAUGGGCGAAGCGCCGAAGCGCAAGGACACCGAGUCGCCCACCCGCCCCGCCAAAAAGGCCCACCUUGCGUAG